AUGACCGCUAAUGAGGGGCGACGGUACGCAAUGAAGUGUCUAGACAAGAAACGGAUCAAACUCAAGUCUGGCGAAUCAAUGGCAUUGAACGAGCGAACAAUUUUGUCUCGAGUGAGCUCAGGGGAUGCAUCGCCGUUCAUCGUGUGCAUGACCUACGCCUUCCAAACGCCGGAGAAGCUCUUUUUCAUCCUGGACCUCAUGAACGGCGGUGAUCUGAACUACCACCUCACCCAACGCGGCACCUUCACCGAGGAGGACGUCAAAUUCUACGCUGCUGAAAUCAUCCUCGGGCUGGAGCACAUGCACACCAGGAACAUCGUCUACCGCGACCUGAAGCCCGCCAACAUCCUACUGGACGAAGGCGGUCACCUGCGCAUAAGCGACCUCGGGCUGGCGUGCGACGUGUCGGAGGGCUGGCCGACGGCCACCGUGGGCACCCAGGGCUACAUGGCACCCGAGGUGCUGCAGAAGGGCGUCGCCUACGCCUUCUCUGCCGACUGGUACUCCCUCGGAUGCACCGUCUACAAACUCUUGGUCGGAGUCUCGCCCUUCCGACAUCACGCAAGCAAACGACGCUUCUGCGAGGCGCCCAUUGGUGGCCAAAAGGUUCGCUUUUUGGGAUAA